AUGCUAUCCGAACGACUGAAUGUAUUUGACGAUUAUCCGGCCGCGGUAUUUGCCAUUAUUGGCGUUGCCGUAGCUGCUGCCGCAUUCUUCUUGUAUCUCGAUUAUCCCAUAGCAGUGGAUGUGCCCAUUAUCGGGGUUGGAGUGCGAUAUACGAAAUGGCUGGCGGCGAUUCGAAAUGUUUGGUACGCCCGAGAAUCUAUUCGCGAGGGAUACGCCAAGGCAAGUUGCUCUCGGCUCUCAUGGCAACAUGGAACGCAGCUAACAGUCGACACACAGCAUGGUGAUUUUGCAUUUCAGAUACCAACCAUGACCCGAAUGGACAUAUUUAUAUGCGAUCGCCAGAUGACAAAGGAAUAUUAUACUGUGGAUGAUGAUCACUUGUCUUUCCGGGCCGUCAUGUCCGAGGAAUUCCAAUUCGAGCAUCUUCUUCCAGGCCAGCUACACGAUGUCCGCAGGAUACCCAACUCGGUCAUUGCAAAGGCCUUGAGCUGGCAGAGGACCAGGGCAAGCAAACCCGAGGACCCGUUCUUCAAGUCCUUCUCAGCCGAGUUUAUCCAUGGGUUCCAGGAAGAAACGCAGCGACUAGUACAGAACCAGAGGUCGAGCAUCUUCUCAUUGUUCCGAGGUACUCCCCCGGCCGCAGACUCUGGAUGGAGCGCUGUGCCGUGUUUUCCACUUGCCAUCAAGGUCAUUGCACGUCUUACAACAUACUCUCUGUUCGGUGAGCCUUUGUGUAGGGAUGUCGAGUUUCUAGACAUGUGCUGCCGGUUCGGCGAUGCCAUCCCCCGGGAUGCCCUUAUCUUGCGCUCUUGGCCAGCCUGGGCAAGGCCUUCUGUCGCAAAGCUCCUGGCUGCCCCGCGACUUGUGAGGAAGCUGCAGGGCAUUUUGUACACCGAGAUACAACAAAGGAGAAGUACCCGGGAAAAGAAUCCCAUGAAGGAUCUCCUCGACUUCACCAUCGACUGGGUUGACCAACGGGGCGAAGAAUAUGACGAUUGGCAUAUUACCGAUAUGAUGACCAACACAAUAUUUGCUGCAUUGCAUACGUCCAGUCAACUAGUGGUGCAUACAAUCUUCGAGCUCGCCACACGUCCCGAGUAUGCUGACCCUCUACGAGAGGAAAUAAAGCAAUGCUUUGAACUGCACGGCGAGGGUACCAAGAAGGCUUUGGACUCCAUGUACAAGGUAGAUAGUUUCAUCAAGGAGACGCAGCGAAUGAACCCGCUCGACGCAUCCGCACUGGCGAGAUUGGCUCUUAGGGACUACACCUUUUCCAAUGGUCUGCACAUUCCGAAGGGGAGCGCAAUUUUCACCCCCAACGCCCCUUUAUUCCAGGACGAGAGAUUCUAUCCGGAUCCCCAGCGUUUCGACGGCUUCCGAUUUUCCAAAAUGAGGCAUGACCCAAAGCUCGUGUCCUCGUGUGACCUCACUUCCACCAACGAACGCAGCAUGCAUUUUGGAAUUGGGCGCCAUGCUUGCCCUGGCCGAUUCAUGGUUUCCGACGAGGUGAAGCUUGCCAUGGUGCAUCUCUUGCAAAAUUUCGACUUUUGUGUCGAGAACUUUGGGCCAAGGCCGAAGAAUAUGCCAUUUGGCAAGUUUAUUCUGCCCGAUAUGAGCGCCAAGGUGUGGUUGAGGCCAUCUACCCGUGGCAAAGAGUGA